UAAAUUCUGGUCUAUAAUAACCUUGUUUAAAAAUAACAAUUUCAAGAUAAACUUAUAGUUUUUUUCAUAAAAAACAAAAACAAAAUGGUUACAAUUUGGCAAAAUCAUAAAGAAAUGGAUGUAGGGAUAGGGUUGCUGUAAUUCUAAAUGCAAUCACCGUAAGCACGUGGUAAAUGUAAACAAAACAGAAAGUUCUGUAUCAUAGUAAUUUUCAUCUGAUCCUUUUUCCUUUAUUCCUUCAGUUUUCUAGUAAUUUUAUAUCUACAUUGGAAUUGUUGUGGCAUUUAUCUAUUUUAUCUUAUUUUAUUUUGUUAACUAAAAUAUUGCGCUUUAUUUUGACUUAUAAUAUAAAGAACAUGAGUUCACAAGCAGGUAAUGUAACGAGUUUUCGAAAAAAAGGAGCAGAUAGUUUAAAUGUUAGAGGAACUAGAGUUUCAGCACAAAAUGCUCAACUUUUGACAUCGACUGGUUCAUCAACUUUAGAUUUUUUCAUUGGUGGAGGACUAGCUGUUGGUACAAUUUGUUUGAUAGAAGAAGACCAUUUUAAUACUUAUUCCGAUGUAUUAGUGAGGUAUUUCUUAGCUGAAGGUGUAGCCAAUAAUCAUAAACUAUUUCUUUCAAGUGGUGAUAAACCAUCUGAAAAUAUUCUAAAGGAACUGCCUGCUAUAAAAGUGCCUGACGUAAAUAAGGAAUCCACCAUUCGUGAUUCUGCUGAAAAAGAUGAACUUAAAAUAGCAUGGAGAUAUCAGAAUCAACAGUCUACUUUUACAUCUGGUGUCAAAGUAUAUUCUCAUAACCAUGGGUAUGACCUAUCCAGAACUCUGCCAGAAGAAAUAUUACAAAAUUGUUCCAUAACCACUUGUGAUCCUCCUGAAAGAUGCGAAGAAUAUUCUGAAAAUGGCUUCAUUUCAUUUCCUUUCUCUCAUCUGUUGCAAAGAAUUACUUUUGAAAUAACUUCUCAUGGAUUCAGAACAUCUUCUAAAAAUUGUGAUAGUAUUAUGAGAAUAGCUCUCCCUUCCUUUGGUUCACCGUUAUGGGAUUUUGGUUCUGAAAAUAAUCACCUGAACAUCAUUAGAUUUUUAUAUUUGUUAAAAGGAUUACUGAGGACUUCAUUUGCUGUAGCAAUUGUUACUCUACCAUCUUAUUUUAUUCAAAAUCAAGUUUUUAUGAGCAGGAUUCGACAAAUCUGUGAUACAGUGAUAAGCUUAGAAUCUUUUAUUGGUCCAGAUAAAAAAUCUAACCCUCUAUUCAAAGAAUAUAAUGGGUUACUACAAAUACUGAAACUUCCAGUUUUAAAUACUUUUAUCUAUCCAACACGAAUUUCUGACCUUGCUUUCAAAAUGAAAAGGAAAGACUUUAUUAUUGAACGAUUGCAUUUACCUCCUGAUUUUGAAGAAGCUCAAGGAGAACCAGGUUCGUUUGGAUGCAGUGGUCAACCCAGCAAACUUGAUUUUUAAAAAGAUUUUGUAUCUUGUGCCUUUUUCACCUUUAAAUAUCCUCAUGAGUUGAUUAGCAGCAUCACAAAAUCUGGACCUCUGAGUAAAUUUUUUAACUAUAAUAACACUACAAGACCAUAAGAA